UGCGCAGAAAGAGAAAGGCGGAAAUGGUUGGUGAUCUGACAGAAGCACAGCGACAAUGGACGCUGCACUGCCUUAAGACACAAAGAGACACUACAGUCUCAUCUCUGUAACGCGAGUGAGAUUUACUAAUGCCUUGAACAUGGGGAACGUUUGCCGAACAGCAGCGAUAGCUUUAUGCCUCUGGAGUGUCUUUAUGCACUUCAGUCGUCUGUCAGCUCUUGGGGUCAAUGAACUGCUGUAUUUCCGGGUCAUCAGUCCAGAGGAGAUAGGCUACCUCUUCAGUGCUGCACCUGCUAAAGACUUUGGAGGCACUUUUACGUCAUUUUACGAUGAGAUUUUUCUCGUGCCAGCAGACCCUGCAGAUGGAUGCUCAGAGUUGACGGACAGAGAGAUCCUUCAAGGACAAGUGAUCCUGGUGGAAAGGGGAGGUUGCUCCUUUGUACAAAAAGCCCGAAAUGUAGAGGAAGCGGGAGGAAAAGCAGUUCUUAUUGCUGAUAACGCAGAGGACAACGACAGUCAGUACCUUGACAUGGUCACUGAUGGAAGCACUGCCAAACCAAGCAUACCUGCUCUUUUCUUGCUAGGACGGGAUGGGAUGAUGAUCAGAAGAUCUCUUCAGAGACAAGCACUGCCUUGGGCUGUCAUUUCAAUUCCUGUCAAUGUUUCUGCUUUGGCCUCGUUUCCAUUCAAGCAGCCUCCUUGGACACUUUGGUAGAAAUGACUCACUCACAAAUUCAUCCAAUAAACAGUUUCUAUCACUGGUGCAUAUCAUGUAAAUUGCAACUAAAUCUGAAGCCUCACAAGGACAUUUCUGAUUAUGGUUGGCACGUGCACCUGCGCUAAGUCACUAAGUCUAACAUAUAGAAUGAUUGCACUCAGAGCCUGUAGAGUAUGAGAGACACUUCUUUAGCCGCUGAACCUGGAACAAAUCAUCAAAAAACAAACGAAACCUGCAUGCUCAUUCUCAGUGCUCAGCUAAACUUGUGUGUCCAGGAAAGCAGUCUCCAGGAACGUGUGUUCAGAUGAUUUGUCUGUCAUUUUGGUUACGAAACUGUGAGAAAAUGUUGAGAAACAGGAAUGAGCUUCCUUCUGUUUUAUCAAAUAGUCGAAACUGCGGGGGGAAAAACCAGGCCAUGACAUUCCUGUUUAUGUGCAUCAGCUCGUAACAGCGUGGUUGUCUCGUGUGAAUGGAAAUGUUUUUUUUCUCAUCAUGGAUAAGUAGAAACUUGAAUUUAAAAAGGAAAAACUGACUUGUUUGAUAUUUUAGUGCCUUUUGUUUUAGUUAGUUCACUGACACAUUUGUUUGUAGUUUCGGUAAACAGGACUAAUGAAAAUUAAUAAAAAGCAUGAGAUGCCACGGAUAGCCUUGCUGAAAAUAAUAAUAGACAUUGUGAUGAUAUUGCAAAGACAUUUUAAUCUGCACAGAGUUAACUGGAAGGCAGCUAUUGUAAAGCUCUAAAGAGAGCUUUGACUGUUCUGGAAACACCAUGUCAGAGUUCACCCUAGUGAAAAUAAUUGCCACUACAUUAUCCUGUAUUUUAUUUUUGAGAAUGUCCUGAUUUGAAUAGUCUUUGUAAAUAAAGUUGUAUGUUUAAGGUUGUAAAGAUUUUAUUUGUUGGCCAGAAGCUAAAUACCAACAGUAAUUUGGGAUGAAAAGUUUUGCCUAGUCAGCUUAAAGUAAAGGUGCUCUAGUUCAGCAAAUAGUUACAGCGCUCUGGACAAUGUAGCAAAGCAGCACUCCAGGUCAGUUAAGAAAUAAUACUCCCUUGUUGUGUAUCUAAUGAAAUUCCACAUACAACCGCAGUGGCCAUGGUGACAAAAAUAAAAAUCCUUGGACCACCAAAAUUCAGCACUCAGGGGGAAAAGGGUAUUUUGUCAAACCAGAGAUGAUGGUAAGGAUGUGUGAGCUGUACGACUGACACCCAUGUGGAAAAAAAGUCUGUGCAAUGGGCUGGAUGUAUGAACACAUAAUGACUCAGACUCACACUGAUGACAGGCCCAAGGCCUGUUUUGGCCCGCCCUGAUGAGUUUACAGGCCGCAAAGAAUCUGCACAGGCGCCACUCCAUCAGCCACUGACGCCCCAUGUUUAUUAAAUGGGAUAAGCUGGCGACAGUUUUGCGGCUGGUGUACUAAACAAUACGGUAGUUUAGAAACAAAGACGCAGUUGAUUCAUUUCAAUAAUAGUCAGCAUUCUACCAAAAACUCCUCUACUAGAAGUUGCUGGGGGCUUUGUGAGGUCCUGAUGGACAGACUCAGAUGGAGUACAUUUAUCUGAAGGAGAACUGCUUUAUUAUAAACUAUCCUGGCCAUAUGAAGCAGAAAUUGGUGUGUAACGCCUGACCUGUACUAUAAAUAAAUGAUGGAAAUAAUAAUGAUUUAAAAAAUCCAUCAGAUCAGGCUGUGUUUAGGAAGAAAUGCAUAAAUACCAGCAGUGCUAUUUCUGCAGGGUGUGUGAAACUGUAGACACUUGUGUGUUACAUGUUGAGACAUUCACACAUGAAUCUAAAUCACUAACUAGGCCCUACCUGCAUUUUUAUUGACGUAUGGUAUCUGUGGUAUAUGAAAUGGUAGCGACUGUGUUACCGAUUAUGCGCUGAUCUCUGUAUAGACUGUAAACGCUGCAAACUACUCGGCUCACUGUAAACAGCAGCUUGCCUGCAUGUAAAACAAGAAGGCUUGUGUCAGGAUUCCCCUCGUUCCUCACGUUCCCUUCAGUUCGGUUCAGCCAAAGAUUUUGGCAUUGGACUCAGCUUUGAUUCAUCCACGCGUCACAGUUACGCACUCUGAUAACAUCGCCCCGUCUUAUUUCAAAUAAAUGAAUGCUCCAGCUAUCACAACCAACAACCCAAAUUAGGUCAUGCUUUUUUUUUUCAGUAUUAAAUUUGGCAUCAAACUGUGUGACGCAUGAUUAAUUGAAAUCCUCUCCUCCCAAAGUUCGUAUAUCCGAUGACUGAUAUGUUCCUGUUCAUUUUCACUUGUGCAGCCACCGCCAAGACCGUACAUGCUGAGUGGAGUCGUUGUUGGCCUUGUUAUAUUUAUUACUUAAUGGUACUCACCUUUACAGGAAAAGAGCAGACUGUAUAGGGGAGUAUUGUAGACCAUUUAAAUAAGCGUUGACCGCAUCAGUAUUUUUAAGGCACACUAAUAAAUGAGCGGCACAGUGUUUCAUGUGCAUUUGUAUAGCUUGGUAAAGGGGUAGUAUAUACCUUCAGUAUAGACUGCUAUGCUAGUUAUUUAUACAGUUAUUCUAGUGACACUAUAAAUGUGCCACUAGAAUAACUUCAUUGAGAUUCUGGAACUCGGUUUGGCCAGAAUUUUUCUCUAAAAUCUUCUCACAUUUGAUGUGGAAGGUACUUUUUUGUUUUAUUUGUCGCCCAAAUAAAGUUUCUUUUAAGUUUCCCCUCGAACAAAAUCCCCUUUUCCCUUUCAGUCAAUGUUGUCUUUGUUAAAUUUGGCGCUAUUUGGUUAAGCAAAUCGGUCGCACGUACUCGCCUGCACAUACACGUUUGAACUGUUAUUUGUUUCUAAAUGUUACAGUUUUUUUUAUGGUAUUCACAGUGUUAAAGCCUAAGUUUUAGUUGACCUUAAGAUGUGCAGCUGAACACAGACAUUUGUUACCGCCUGUGUAUUAAGGUUAUUCCUAACUGCGUAAAUUGCGCACAACACUUUUUACACGUAAUUCUGGGUAUUAAAAUGAUCUGAAUAUUCAUCCAUUGUCUUCAGUUUAUCCUUUUCGGGAUGGGGGCUGGAAGCCUAUUCCAGCUAUCACAGGGCAGACAACCAUUCCUACUCACAUUCACGGCAAUUUAGAAUUACCAAUUAACCUAACCUCACUAACUGCAUGUCUUUGGACUGUAGGAAGACCCCGGAGUACCCGGAAAGAACAAGCAAACUCCGCAGAGGAAGCCCCCGGCCAGGUGGUGAAUUCGAACUCUUGCUGUGAGGCAACAGUGCUAACCACCGUGGUCUGAACUUUAGCCCCUGUUAAUUAUUGCAUUUUGACAGUGAUUUCGGUGUAGUAUAUUACAGGUUAGUGAGCAGAAGAACGACAAGCUACGUGAAAGUGAUGUGUUGCGUUGGAGAGCUGUAUGACGACACUUCUGUCUAUUAUGGACUAAAAAUCUGAGACACUACAAAUCCAUCGACUCGCUUAAAAAAAGUAUCUUGUUUGUUUGCGUGAGGUUUGUAUUGCGGCUCUCCUGCAGGCUCUCAAAUUGGAAUUUAAAUACGUAUUUAAUGAGGUCAACUUAAAAAAAAAAAACAAACAAAAAACCGUCCGCACAAGUCGACUUUAAUAUAAGUGUCUUUAAUAAGCCUACAGAAAGCACAAGGGCAAUGUGCACAUUUACGCAUAUGGCACAGAAACGGUGUCUUCCCUACCUUAGAUAGCACUCAAGGUCAGACGUUUUGUGUUUUUCUACACAUUGUACAAACCAGCUGUUAAAUACAAAUUUUGGGUUAAUUCGAUGGAGUAGUUUGUAAUAAUGGAGCUCUCCUCUGGAUAAAUCCAGAGUCUCUACCAGACAAGUUCAUCCCCUGCAGAAAACCAUAUUGAUUUUCUUCUGCCUCUUCUUAUUUAUCUUAACUGCUACAUCGUUUUUAGAGAGAAAGACGUAAAGAAAUUAUUGAAAUUAACUGUUAGUAGAGCACACAAAGACCUUUUUGCUCCACCUUAAAAAAAAGUAUCAUCACGCUAAUUUUGCCCUGAAGCUUUCAGUCGCAAAAUUGACUCUAUUCCUCUUCUUAAACUCCAGCAGGAGCUCACUUGAUGCCAAAAGAGGGUUUGGGGUUGGCGCAGACCUUUGCUAUAUCAGACCCUUAAUAUUAUGAUAACAACUGUAAAACAGUUUGUCUUUAUUAAUGUUAUUGCAUUAAAUACUAUUAAAGUGGCAAAUGAAAUUCAAGCGAUUAAGCUAAAUGUGCAGAUUUUAUUUCCUCUGUUUGAGGAGAAAAAAAAGAAGUGUCAGGAAGUCGCAUCAGUGGGUCCCGGCAACACCUGUUGACACACGACUUCAUAGGAAAAGACCGACUCUGAAGGAAAGAGAAUUUAAAUGAGUACUGACUGCAUCAUCUGGAUUAAAAAAACAACAGAGGCAAAAUGAUAAAUGAGCUGCACAUUGUGUCAGUUACCUCCUGCUGCAUUUAGGGCACACUUUACCCCACACAGUCUUUAUCGCGGCAUCUCUCAGAGCCGGACUCCCCCAGAUGUACACAGAUGGUGUGAACAAGGCAUUAAAACGAGCCAUGAUGGCGAAAAAAUUGGUGGCCUCAUUUCUAAAAUUCAACCCUCCUCCUCUCAUUAAUUUAAUUGUAAUAUUCACAAAAGAUGGAGACCACAAUACCAAGAAGCUUAUGACAACAAAAAUGAUUAUUCUCACAGAUUCCUUCUUGCUUUCUUUCUCGGCGCUGGGAGGAUCUCUUUCAAGCUGGUACCUGACAAUGAGAUACAAUUUCAAUGUCAUGGCCACUUUGACAAGCACUAUGAUUUGAAAAACGAGAAUGGUGGCUAAAUACAUUUGUAAAGCUUGAUAAAGGGGUAGCAUAUUCCCGAUGAUCAAGUGGCCAUAAGUGUAAACCCAGCAGUAAAUAUUAAUGCAUAUCACACGGGGUCUCGUUACGAAGCGGCUGUAGAUAAAUGGGUGGCACACAGCAAAAUAGCGGUCAAAUUGCGCGAACAUAAACGUUAAUACAUUAACGCCUAAAAGGGAAGGUAAAACAGAGUAGGUUCCGUUUCUAGACAAAUAUCCCUCGUCGACAUCGAACAGACCGAGAUAAUACACUGAAAACCCGAUGAGCGUGUCAGCAAUACUAGUGUUUAACAUGAAAAUAAAUCUGUUUUGAAUGCGCAGAGCUCUGGUGGACAAGAUGCCGAUGACUACUGUUCCAGCUGUCGUAACAGUGGUUGUGGCAAAUAAAAUCUGGAAAAUGAAGAUGAAAUAAUCCUCGAGUUUACUGAAGUCAACCGACAGAGGCACAGCCCUGCCCAAAGAUUCUGUCAUGUUGGAGAGGCGCAUUGUUUAUGCACAAGUGGCUUUUGAGAACACUCUUAUGUGCGCAAUGAAGUCACCAGAAUUAAUCUCAUGGGAUGACAAAGGAAUUCUACUCAUGUGUUUUGUUUGUUUUUUGGCCCCUAAAAACUGCCUCAUGCGGAAACCCUCAGAUAUUAUAGCUAAAUCAUUUAUCAGUUAAUUAUAAUAGUUAUUUAUUAGAAGAAUAUAAUGGUUUUAUAGCGAUUUGGCGAGUUUUGGUCCUCAACCUAAUGGAACUGUUGUAAAAGAACAAGCAGAUAAAGUAAUUGAUUAUGUAUGCAGGCUUCCUUAAUGAGCCUAAGUGCAGUGAUGGGCAUUCAUUUUGGAAUGAGUGUCCAGCUAUAGUGAGUGGACAAAUCCCUGCAUUCAUAGUCCGUAUAACGUAACAGAAUUUUAUCGGUGAGCAUUUUGUGACCUCCAUUAUCUGUUUAAGAGGGGGAAGCAUUAAGCCGCUGUUAUGGUUGUUGAGCAUAGUAUAAAUCCCACAUAACAGACCUUUAAAUUAUCUCCUUAAAUCUACACUUGUAGGUAUGUGUAGAUGCAAUUUCGUCUGAAACUCUAAAAGUCAGAGCAGCCUACGUUGGCCCUGACUGGAACCUUUGAUAUUGUGCUUUUACACACCAGCACAUCACAGGCUAUAGAUUUAAUCAGAAGUGACCCACUUACAAUGCAGUCUUGAGAUCCUUUCUCGGGCACCUCAACCCCCACUCACAUCUCCCGUAAUAGAUCACAUGAGAGGGUGAGGUAAGGUCUCACGCUGGUUUCAGUAUAAACCUAGGGUAGCAAUAACCCACAGCUAAAGGACUGCUAACUGCACAAACACGAAGAAGAGUAGGCCACAGACUGGUUGUUUUCAUAUUCAGACCCAAGCUAGGGGCCAGUUGUGUCUGAGGUAAUUAGGCCUAGAUUAUACACUGCUGUGAUCUGAAUGGCGAGCAGUCAUUUCUGUUAUAUUUCUCUGACGUCUGCUUAUACUUUCAUACAUCAUGGGUAAGACUGACUUGAAUAAGCACUGUCUGUGCUCCUCGUGAGCUCUUUUUAAGUUUUGAUGUUUCUCACAAUCCUAUUCACGCAAGAUUUUUAAUCAAUCAGCAUCUUUGCCAGGCUACGCACUGCAGGUUUCUUAAAGGAUUGCAUGCAGACACACUGGUUGCAUAAACAAAAUCCUUCCAUUUUUGUAGUCAGACCUUUGAUUGAUUGAUUAUUAAUUUAUUUCAAACAUGUAAACAAUAUACAGGUACAUUUAGAAAAGAAAAGAAAAAAUAAGAGAGAGAGAAAAUACUAUAGAAAAGUCAGUACAUUUAAAUAUUGCUACCGUUCUGAUUCAUUUACAUGUUGAACUUUGUUGACCUUUGCAUAUAGAUGUAAAUGCAAUACCACGACUUAAACUUUAGCUGCUGUUUUAUAUUGACUGUGGCCUUGACCUAUUGCAAUCUACUUAAAAAUUAUAUGUGUAUUCAUCAAAAAUAUUACUGGAAUAAGAGUAGAAGAAGUUCUCUCUCUGUGGCCUCUAGAUUCACUUCGUUUCUUGUUUAAUCCAUCUAAGUAUUGAAACAUGUAUUCCUCUAAAUCGCCAGCAGGGGGCAGAUCUCCAGAUUGCAAAUAGACUUUAUCCAGAAGUUCAAGAGAACAUCUUGCCUCAUGCUUUUAUUUCGAAAAUACUUAAACUCGGGUUAUAAUUACGACAUGAAGUUAAUUUCGUAAACUUGAGUCAGGGUUAAUCAGGGCGUAUGAAGUGUCAGUAACAAGUUGUUAAUGAAUCGGCCUGCAGUCUGAUUUUACAGUUAUGUUAUGAAAAUAGGACUAAACUAAUUACCGGUGACAUCACGGCGGCUACUUCGUCCUUUCGUGUGUGACUUAUACUGUGGGCCAGCUGCCACUAGCACUGACGGGAUGUGCACUUAUACCAUCAGCUGCAGCAAAGUCAGAAAACAUUGCUCAUUUAAGAUUUUUCGCUUUGUCGUUAUUCUCUUUUUUUCCUUUUACAUUUUUUUUCUUUUUUCUUUUGCAUUUAGUAUGCUUCUGUAUUUGUUUCGCUGGGGUCAAGUAAAGGAAAGUUUUUAAAAACAAAAGGUUUUAUGUUUUUCAUUUUGUAACCCUGCACCUUCUUUGUCAGCCCAGAAUUUAAUGUAAACUUUAUUACUAGUGUUGGAGCUAAUUAUUCUUUAUUUUUGUUAUUUUCAAAUUUUUAAAGUUUGUUGUUGGUUUACUUAUAUUUUGGGGUUUAUAUAGAGGUUUUUGUAGGUUAAUAUGUGCUUCAUUUUUGUUUUGUUUUGUUGUUUAUCUUGUUAAGUCAGGAAGAACUGUUGGGCCAUUUUCUAUAAGUAAAGGGACUGGUAUAGGACCAGCAUGCACUGGUUUUUGAUCUUUUGUUUAUUGCUAGCCAAACUGGAUAAAUAAACCGCAAAACGCAA